CCCCAACCAGGCUCCCCCUUCCCUCUCUUACUCUUCUUCCCUCCCACUUUCCCUUCUUCCCGUCUUUCCUUUCUCCCCUCCCUUUCCCUCCGCCCCCCACCCCGUCUCUCUCCCUUCUUCCUGUCUCUCUCUCUUUCACUGUCUCCGUACACAGACACAUUGUUGAUCUGUGUGUGUGUGUUCCGCAAUUCAUACAGGAAGUUGUGCAACAAGCAAUGGGCCGGUCGGACGGUAAGUGACAGAAAUCAUCUCAACUCUGGUGAAGCAAGAGCCGGUCCUGGUCACUCGGAGAAAGCCAAAACACACUGCCCGUCAAUAUUCAGAGCUGGCUCUGGGAGGUCGACUGCAGGGAGAGAUCACCCCUUUGAGCAGAAGGACUGGAGCAACUGACUGAGAAGCUGAAAGACCGUGCACCGACAGAGAGUGAACCGAUCUGGGACCCCACUGAGGCAAGGGAUCAGCCCAUUGGUUGGGUUUGACAUUAAGAUCAUGGCAACGCAAGAGCUGGCACCACCACCAGAAGGCGCAACACAGGGCACCGCCACCCUCCACCGGCAGAUGAAUGCCAAUGAGCUCCAGUCCAUCAUGCCCUUGAUGAACUUCAACAUGGCGGAGUUUGUGGCACAGAUUGAGGAGCAAGAUGCGGCCUUUUGUCGGCAGAGGGUGAGGGGCUACAAUGCUCGGAUGAGGAGCGAACUGAGGAGGCUGAAGAGCUUCGAGAGCUACCCGUCAUUCUCCAGCUGGAGUCCUGAGGAGAUGGCGGAUGCAGGUUUCUACUACACGGGCACCAAGACCUACAUACAGUGUUUCUGCUGCGGGGGAGUCCUCUCCAGCACCAGUCUCACCAAGACUCCAUGGUCGGAACACAGGCUGUUCGAGCCUGACUGCGGCUUGGUCAAGGCACUGGAUGUUGGUGAUGUUCCCAAGUAUGCUGUGCGGGUCCAGCCACCCAGCAAGAUCCUGCAGAGCCAACGGCAGCAGCUAGUGGAGGAGAGGAGCCGGCUGGAGAGCUUCGGGAGCUGGCCUUUCUACGCACCAACGGAGCCCGCUCUGUUGGCGGGAGCUGGGUUUUUCUACACAGGCAGCAAGGAUCAAGUGCAGUGUUUCUCCUGUGAUGGCAGCCUUGCCAACUGGGAGGAAGGGGACGACCCAUGGCAGGAACACGCCAAGUGGUUCCCACAGUGCGAGUAUCUUCAGGGACAGAAAUCCGAGGAAGAAAGGGACCAGUACUCCCGGAGCUACAUCGGAUUUCCUGGAGUCAUGGGCGCCCACUUUCUGAGCCUCCCAGCAUUGGACGACCUUCCCCCAUCGCCAUUGACUCGCAGCGAGGAUCCGGUAUCACGGCCAGACCCGGACAGGGGUUGGAAUAUUUUCGUGGCUGAGAGGACCCGGCUGGAGUCGUUCCACACCUGGCCAUCAUGGUGCAGCGCCAACCCGGCUGAGUUGGCAGAAGCUGGAUUCUUCUACGAAGGUUUGGAGGACAGAAUUCAGUGUUUCUGCUGCGGAGUUCAUCUACACAAAUGGGAGGAAGGGGAUAACCCUUGGACAGAACACCAGAGACACUCGCCCCAGUGCCCGUACCUUCAGGCGAGAGACAAGGACGGCGGAGAUGUGGGUCAGGCGCAGAUUCAGGAAUCAUCCCCCACGAUGCCGGAUGUGGAAAACCGGGAGAAGGAGGAUCCCUUUGCUGGAGGGAUUCCAUCCGGUGAGGGGGACUGGGCCGAGGCCAUCAGGGGGAUGAGGAGGCGUCUGCGAGAGCUGUACCUCUCCUCCGAAUUCUCCACCAUCUCCUUCAACGGCUGUGUCUCCGUCGACCUCCGCCGCUGCUAUGCGGAGCCGUGCCUGGCGCUGAGGGACCUGGCGGGCAGGGAGGUGCGCCGCCUGGUCCUGCCCGAGCUGCUGCGUGACCUCCGCCGGGUGACCCUGCUGGAGGGCGAGGCGGGCAUGGGCAAAUCGGCCCUCCUCAGGCAGGUGGCGCUGCUCUGGGCGUCCAGCCGCUGCCCACUGCUGUCCCGCUUCGCGCUGGUGCUGCACGUGCCCGGCGGCGCGGGCCGGAACGCCGCCCCCGGCGGGCGCUGCCUCGGCGCUCUGGCCUCCCGGCUGGGCGAGCGGCUCCUGGUCCUGCUGGACGACUCCGGCUCCCCGCCGGUCGAAGAGGAGGAGGAACUGGUGCGCGCCAAUCACCGGUGCGGCGGCGCCGCCGUCCUGCUGGCCCUGAGGACCGACAGGGCCGCCGGCGCGCGGCGCUUCGCCGACGCCGCGGUCUCCGUCGUCGGAUUCCCGCUCUAUAGCUGCGCGCGCCUCCUGAAGGCCAUGUUCGCCCACGACGUGCCGCGCCUGCGCAGGUUCGUCCAGGACAUCGGCUUUUCCGAGACGCUGAGGGGGUCCAUGAAGAGCCCGCUGUUUGCCCUGGCCCUCUGCCAGCACUGGGUGAGGGAGCCGCUGGACGCCGGCGUCAGCUGCGUCACCCUAUUCCGCGCCUUCCUGGACCACGCCGUCAGCCGGCGGGGCGUGGCCGAGCCAGCGAGGACCACCCUGGCGUCCUGCGGGCGCCUGGCGCUGACCGGCUUCCUCGCCUGCCGCCGCGACUUCACCGACGGCGACCUGCAGCGGGCCGGAGUGGCCGCGGAGCCCGCCCUGGCUCUCGGCCUGCUCAGCAAGUUCACCGCCCAGCGGCUGAGCCCCGUCUACCGGUUCCCGCACCCCUCCUUCCAGGAGUACCUGGCAGGCACGCGGCUGGGCAGCCUGCUGGGGUCGGAGGUCGCGGCGGAGCGGGAGGAGGGGUCCUCCGCCCUGGGCCGGGCGCGCACCUUCCUCGAGCUCUUCACCCGCGACCGUUACCUGCUGGUGUACGCCGCGUGCCAGUGCGGCCAGGCCGCCUCGCGCAUCGCCGCCCACGUCCUCGAGAUGGCACGGAGGCCGUCGUCCUUCGACUGCGGCGCCGAUACCCGCCUCGCCCUGGCGCAGCACCCCGACCUGGAGCCGUACCGCGACCUCUUCGUGCAGUGCUCCCGGAUCAUGGAGCCCGAGCAGCUGCAGGACGUGGCCACGGGCCUCCUGCUGGACUUCGUCCUGCUGCUGACCAAGGCGGAGACCCGAGCCUCCAUCGCGCCGGUCCUGCGGAGCUUCCUGAGCGGGAAGUGCUUGACGCUGUCCACGUCCAGCCACCUCCGGCAGAGCACGUUCGAGUUCCUCAAGGUGUACCCCGAGAUGUUGACCGUCCUCGGCUCCCUGCAGGUCACGGUCAGCGGGAGGAGGAAAGCGGCCGCGACCAGUUACUCGGAAAUGGCGCAGGCCUUGAGCCACUUGGGCGUGCCCAGGGUGGAGGAGGACUAUGCGGCUGCCUUCCAGUCCCUGGAACAGGAGUUCCUCAGCAACCAGGAGAAGGAAGAGCAAAUAAGCGGCUUCUCGGCCCUCGCCUGCCACAGCAUCCCGGACCCUUUCGUGUCGGCGCUGUCCUCGGUCACGGCUCUCCACAAGGCACCGGCGCUCAAGCUCCACGUCUGUUCCGUCGACGCUUUCCGCCCCGGAGACUCGGAGCGUCUGCUGCGGCUGUGCUCCGCCUCCGGCCGCGUCGAGCUCACCGUCCGGGACGCUCAGGGAGCCCUGGGGCAGAUGGGCGACGCCGUCGCUCGGCGCGGCGAGAGCUUCAGGGCGCUGUGCCUGCACUGGACCGCGCUGAGCCCCCGUGAGCAGGAGCUGGUCACCGCCAUGAGCAGCCUGGAGGCGCUGGAGCUGAGUUUCGACGACGACCGAGCCCCAGAGUACCUGCUGAGCCGAUUGGACAAGUUGGAACACCUGAAAAAACUCAAGAUCGAGGUGAGGACUGGUUCAUCUCUGAGAAUCAUUGACCAGAUUUCUGAGGGCUUAGCGACACUGCGGAACAUGGAAAACCUUACUUUGUCUGGAGUCAACUGCGUGCAGGAUUCUUCAAAACUCGCUCACCUCCUCCAGAAUUUUUCGCAGCUCCGAGUCUUCCACCUGAACUGUACCAGCAGCUUCCCAGAGUUUGAGGAUCUCAGCCAGGCUUUAUCAUCGUGCUCACGUCUGGAGGAACUAGUGCUAAGUGCGCUUCACCUGUCUCCGAAUGAAACUUUGGCAUUCACUGCUUCACUGAGCAAACUCCAGAACCUCAGAGUAUUGGAAGUUCCAGGCAUCAAUUUUUCCAAUGCAGAGGAAGCAGAAGCUUUUGCUCGUGCUGUUGGCUCUCUCGCACUGCUGGAAGUGUUUCACCAUUGCUACAAUGAUGGAAUAAUCACUGCUGCGUCCCCACUGACUCAACAGUUACCGAAACUGCAACACCUCAGGGAGCUCUCCAUCAAAAAGAUCAUGGACGACCAGAGUCUGUUAGAGCUGGCCAAAGCAGCCAGAAGCGGCCAUCUUCGGAAACUGAAUGUUCUCGAUCUGAGCUUGAAUGAAGAGCUCAGCGACCUGGGCUGGAGGGAUUUCUUCCUGACCCUGGAUGACAUGAGCGAGCUGAGGGAUCUGAAUAUUUCCCGUCUGUACACCAACCAAUUGAAGCCCCAGGCAGACACGUUCAAGGCCUUUGUGCAGUGUGUCUCUCGGCUCCCGGCCCUGGUGACCAUCCGUAUGCUGAGCUGGAUGUUGGAUGACAUGGACUUCAACUUGUUCAACUCCAUGAAGGAGAGCCACCCCCAGUCUCGCCGCCUGUUCUUGUGGUGGCAAUGGGCACUCCCAUUCACGCCUAUCAUCCAGGCUGACGAGUAGAAAUGGUUUAGGGUGUUGGCACAUGGAAGAUACACCAUUCCAAGGGCUGCUUCCCUCCCCUCACCAUCAUUCCCCCAAUCCUAACCCUGGCUAAAGAAUGUUGAACCAGAGAUUUUGCCCUGGGAUGGGGAGAAAGAUGAGUUUUGGGAAGAUUUGUAGCUCAGGUUGAGGUUCUGAAUGUAGCUUUGUUCACUGAGCUGGAAGGUUUGUUUUCAGAUGUUUCACCACCAUACUAGGGAACAUCUUCAGUGAGGCUCCAGACUACUCAGACCCCUUGGCAUCAUGGUAGCCCACAAACUCACCAACACUAAAACAGCAGCUCAUGAACUUGGAAGAUCCAUACAGAUAACAAGCAAAACUAAUGUUAUUUACAAAAUACCUUGCAAGAACUGUAACAACACUACAUUGGACAAACGGACAGAAAACAAGCUACCAGGAUAAAUGAACAUCAACUAGCCACAAAAAGACAUGACCCACACACACUUCUUACAUAUGGAUGAGGAAGCACACCACUUCGACUGGGACAACACAUCCGUCCUAGGACAAGCCAAACAGAGACACGCACAAGAAUCCCUAGAAGCAUGGCAUUCCAACUGGAACUCUAUCAACAAACACAUCAACUUGGAUCCUAUUUACCACACACACACACACACACACACCCCCAAUGGAAAAUGACAUUACCGUAGGAAAUGAUGUCAACACCGGAAAUGACAUCACUAACCCAACGAAACCCAAACAUACAAAUAGAAAGCGGGAUGUACCACUAGUGAUUCAUCUGGAGGCUCACUGAAGAUGUUACCUAGUAUGGUGAUGAAAGGUCUGAAAAUGAACCUUUCAGCUCAGCGAUCAAACCUACAUCCAUGAGGAGAAAAGGUAUAGGCAACUAUUGGUAGGGUGAAAGAUUAGCUGUGAUUUGACAUGAAUGGAGGGACAGCCUCAAAAAUGCACUCCUACUUUUAAUGUUUAAAGGUUUUAAAAUGAUGUAACAGUGUGGGACCUGCUUUUCCAUUGCUACUGUAAUGAAAGAUGUGUGAUUUGCAUAUCAAUAUCACUUGUUUUAGACUUUGGAGUUUAAACUAAUAGCAUAUGGGUAUUUGUUCUUGUGAAGGGUUAAACAAUUAACUAGGUCAUAAUUAACUAACUAAUAUUAUAAAGCCAUGACUUUAACCUGUACGUGCCUCAUGUAGUAUCCGUGGAAGUUUGUUUAUAUUUAUUUGGGGAGAAACAAUAGGAAAAAGAAAACAUUGAAAGGCAUUAUCUUGCUGCUGUGUUUAGAAUAAUCUUGGAUUAAUUUCAAUGUAGAAAAGCCAAGUGCUUGGAAAGUGUCUGGGCAUUUUAAAGGGGAUCUGACUGAAUUCAGAUGGGAGUGUUGUCUCUCCUGGACAAAGCAGAUUAUUCAGAGCAGUUAAGGAUACAUCUGUUAUUUAAAGCUGAGAAAGUCUAAGCUCUCAGGCAUGUAAUUGGGAGAGGUAAAAGACCUCGCAGCUCUCCAGACCUGAACUGAGAGAAAGCAAUUAAGUUGAACCUGCUCAUUUGAUAGGGUAGAGAAAUGUAUUGGAUUUUUGUAAUGUUGGAGAUGUGAUUUUGUUUUGUCAUUUGUGUUGUCUUAGUUUUCUCUCUUUUGUCCUGGUUUAUUUUGUUAAUAAACCUUUACUAUAAAAAGCAAA